GGCGCGCCGCGCAAGGUCAGCGGCUCAGGUCCGGCGCGAUCCGGGCGCCCGGGACCCCGAGGCCGUGGGCAAGGGAGGCGUGCCCGGUGAAAGAGCCGCAGCUGGGACCUGGAGAGUGAAGGAAAGGGGCCGAGAGGGUGACCUGGAGCAGGGCUGUGAAAUGCGGUCAGGGCGACUCUUCAGAUUUUAGGUGAUGGGCAGAUCAGAAAGUCAGAUGGAUAUAACUGAUAUCAACACUCCAAAGCCAAAGAAGAAACAGCGAUGGACACCGCUGGAGAUCAGUCUCUCUGUCCUUGUCCUGCUCCUCACCAUCAUUGCUGUGACAAUGAUAGGACUCUAUGCAACCUAUGACGAUGGUAUUUGCAAAUCAUCAGACUGCAUAAAAUCAGCUGCUCGACUCAUCCAGAACAUGGAUACCACUGCUGAGCCUUGUUCAGACUUUUUCAAGUACGCCUGUGGAGGUUGGCUGAAACGCAAUGUCAUUCCCGAGACCAGCUCCCGUUACAGUAACUUUGACAUUUUAAGAGAUGAACUAGAAGUCAUUUUGAAAGACGUCCUUCAAGAACCCAAAACUGAAGAUAUAGUAGCAGUGCAGAAAGCAAAAACAUUGUACAGAUCUUGUAUAAAUGAAUCUGUUAUUGAGAGCAGAGGUGGAAUGCCACUACUCAAACUUCUGCAAGAUAUAUAUGAGUGGCCAGUAGUAACAGAAAACUGGGAGCAAACGUAUGGUGCCUCUUGGACAGCUGAGAAAUCCAUUGCACAACUGAAUUCUAAAUAUGGGAAAAAAGUCAUUAUUAAUUUUUUUGUUGGCACUGAUGAUAAGAACUCUGUGAACCAUAUAAUUCAUAUUGACCAAGCGCGACUUGGCCUCCCUUCCAGAGACUACUAUGAAUGCACUGGAAUAUAUAAAGAGGCUUGUACAGCCUAUGUGAAUUUCAUGAUUUCUGUGGCCAAAUUGAUUCGUCAGGAAAGAGGACUGCCUAUAGAUGAAAACCAGAUUUCUUUGGAAAUGAAUAAAGUUAUGGAAUUGGAAAAAGAAAUUGCCAAUGCUACCGAUAAACCUGAAGAUCGAAAUGAUCCAGUGCUUCUUUAUAAGAAAAUGACAUUAGCUGAAGUCCAAAGAAACUUUUCACUAGAGAUCAAUGGGAAGUCAUUCAGCUGGUCAAAUUUCACAAAUGAAAUUAUGUCAACUGUGAAUAUUAAUAUUACAAAUGAGGAAGAUGUGGUUGUUUAUGCUCCAGAAUAUUUAACCAAAAUUAAGCUCAUUCUUACAAAAUAUUCUGCCAGAGAUCUUCAAAAUUUAAUGUCCUGGCGGUUCAUAAUGGAUCUUGUAAGCAGCCUCAGCAGAACCUACAAGGAGUCCAGAAAUGCUUUCCGCAAGGCCCUUUAUGGCACAACAUCAGAAACCGCGACUUGGAGACGUUGUGCAAACUAUGUCAAUGGGAACAUGGAAAAUGCCGUGGGAAGGCUUUAUGUAGAAGCAGCAUUUGCUGGAGAGAGUAAACAUGUGGUUGAGGAUUUGAUCGCACAGAUCCGGGAAGUCUUUAUUCAGACUUUAGAUGACCUCACGUGGAUGGAUUCUGAAACAAAAAAGAGAGCUGAAGAAAAGGCCUUAGCAAUUAAAGAAAGAAUUGGCUAUCCUGAUGACAUUGUUUCAAAUGAUAAAAAACUGAAUGAUGAAUACCUCGAGUUGAACUACAAAGAAGAUGAAUACUUUGAGAACAUAAUUCAAAAUUUGAAGUUUGGCCAAAAUAAACAACUAAAGAAGCUUCGAGAAAAGGUGGACAAGGAUGAGUGGAUAAGUGGAGCAGCUGUAGUCAAUGCAUUUUAUUCUGCAGGCAGAAAUCAGAUAGUCUUCCCAGCUGGCAUUCUGCAGCCCCCUUUCUUCAGUGCCCAGCAGUCUAACUCAUUGAACUAUGGGGGCAUCGGUAUGGUCAUCGGACACGAAAUCACCCAUGGCUUCGACGACAGUGGCAGAAAUUUUAACAAGGAUGGAGACCUCGUUGACUGGUGGACUCAACAGUCUGCAAAUAAUUUUAAAGAGCAAUCCCAGUGCAUGGUGUACCAGUAUGGAAACUUCUCCUGGGAUCUGGCAGGUGGACAGCAUCUCAAUGGGAUUAAUACACUGGGAGAAAACAUCGCUGAUAAUGGAGGUAUUGGCCAAGCAUAUAGAGCCUAUCAAAAUUAUGUUAAAAAGAAUGGCGAAGAAAAAUUACUUCCUGGACUUGACCUAAAUCACAAACAACUAUUCUUCUUGAACUUUGCCCAGGUGUGGUGUGGGACCUACAGGCCAGAAUAUGCAAUCAACUCCAUUAAAACAGAUGUCCACAGUCCAGGCAAUUUCAGGAUUAUUGGGACUUUGCAGAACUCCCCUGAGUUUUCCGAAGCCUUUCAUUGCCUCAAAAAUUCAUACAUGAAUCCAGAAACAAAAUGCCGAAUUUGGUGAUCUUCAGAAGAACUGGUGCAGCCCUUGGCUGGACUUGUCAACACUGCAGAAAUGGGGAACUCUGCGAAGAGAAAGGGCCAUAGAGGUCACUGUAUUACAUGGGGACAGUUAACAGAGAUGAGAGCAUCAUAAUAAAAAUGAAGUUUAUUCUGGAAAAGACGUGGAGGGAGGAGGGGCUCUAAUGUCUUAUCAAAUCAGUCAUUUCUCACUGUGUAAAUAAUGCUUAAUCUGUAAAGAGAGUAUUACCAUUCAUUUCUGUUUCUCACAUGAUCUGCCAGUUUGAUGUCUCUUAAAAUCAGUGUUCACCACUAUGUAGAGCAGGAUUUCUAAUCAAGAGGAAAAUGAAGAAGUGAAAAAAGGCCAUUGGCACCAGAAGCAGAGCUGCGGCAUGAGAGUUAAAAGCACAUUUCUAAAGUACUAGUUUUUACUUUUAUUUGCAACAUUUAUUCUUCAAGUCUCUUCCAAAGAAUUCUUAUACAUACUGGGACCUUGGGACUUAUGUAGUUUUCAACUAACUUUGCUCGUCAUCAGUCAUUCAUUCUGAGAUCAUUUUCUUUUAAGCACUUAGGGCUAAAAUGUCUACAACUGUUUUUUGUUAUACUUGGCUUUGACUGAUACUUGGAUUCUUAAGGCUCCCUGAAAUUUUCUAAGCAAUUUCUUGUUCUCUCGCUCUCAAAACCUGGUCUUUUUAAGAGAUUUGUAGUAAUGUAUAAAUAAUAAUUUUUAUAUUUAAUUAUUAACUACAUUUAUGACUAAGUAAUUAUUAUUAUAGGUAAUCAUUGAAUUUCAGACCGAGAUAAAUAGUUACGAACCAAGAUCUGUAAAGUGAUAUACAGAUAAACAUUUUGAGACUUUUUAAACUUAUAAAUCAUAUUGAUGAAACGUUUUAAGUACAAACCUUGGGUUAAAAAUUGCCAUUGGACAGUUGUCUAAAGAUACAUAAGACUUGUAGUUUACAAGCAGGAUUUUCACAAUUAAACCUGUCCCUGAGGUGGCUGUAAUAAAGGGGCAAGAGUGCAUCGAUGUAGCUCUGCAUCUCCUUAUCUUUUCAGAUUUGUCAUCUGAUGGAAAUAUUUUGAUAAUAAAUUGAAAUGUGGGGCCAUUACUCACUAAGCCUGCUGUGUCAGCCGUCUAGCUUUGGAA